GUGGCUCUACUUUCCGGACUCUGUCCUCACUCCCUCUCUCUCUCUGCCCCGCCCCGCGGACUCAGUGAUCGCAGAGAGGAAGUGCUUUGCUGCUGGCCCCGCGAUCUGACGAUUGAACGCUCUCCAAGGAAGAGCCGAGGGGCGUCUGAGUUUAGAAGCUCAUCUCCAGGUGGAACGUUAGAAGACUCCAAGAGUAUUUCCUUCCUCAUAUUGCUGGUCCACAGCCAGAUAAUCCCUGUUUAACCUGAUAGUGCAAAGAGCUCCAUGUCUCUUUGAUCAAGUCCCAAGGAGAUAAGUUUUCAUUUUCUCAAAGGCACAGAGUUGUAGCCAGUGGUAAUUACCAUCAUGGAGACCAAGAGCCAUAACGACCUUCAGGAGAGACUCACACCCUCCAGCAAUGAGAGGACAUCAGUGGAUGGCAAUAAGUUAAUUGGAGCCGUUAAAGACGAAGACAUCGAGCUGGUCCAACAAUUGCUGGAAAGAGGGGCUGAUGUCAACUUCCAGGACGAGUGGGGCUGGUCACCUUUGCAUAACGCGGUACAAAGUUGCCUGGAGGACAUGGUGGAUCUUCUGCUUCGUUAUGGUGCUGACCCUUGUGUGAAGAAGAAGAAUGAGGCCACUCCCUUCAUCAUUGCUGGGAUUGUGGGAAAUGUGAAGCUGCUCAAACUUUUCCUUUCUAAAGGUGCGGAUGUCAAUGAGUGUGAUGCUAAUGGCUUCACAGCUUUCAUGGAAGCCGCUGUGAAUGGGAGGGAUAAAGCCUUAAAAUUCCUGUACGAGAAUGGGGCAAACGUGAAUUUGAGCCGAAAGACAAAGAAGGAUCAAAAGAGGCUUAGGAAAGGAGGGGCCACAGCUCUAAUGGAUGCUGCUGAAAAUGGACAUGUGGAUGUCUUGAAGAUCCUCCUUGAUGAGAUGGGGGCAGAUGUCAAAGCCCGUGACAAUAUGGGCAGAAAUGCUUUGAUCUAUGCAUUUAGGAGUUCUGAUGAUAGAAAUGUGGAGGACAUCACUCGCCUUCUGCUGCACCAUGGGGCUGAUGUCAAUGUGAGGGGAGAGAAAGGAAAGACACCCCUGAUCCUGGCAGUGGAAAAGAAGCACUUGGGUUUGGUGCAGAUACUUCUGGAACAAGAACAUAUAGAGAUUAAUGAGACAGACAGUGAGGGCAAAACAGCGCUUCUGUUGGCUGUCCAGCUCAGACUGAAGGAAAUUGCUCAACUGUUAUGCAACAAAGGAGCCAUCACAGACUGUGGGGAACUUGUGAUGAUAGCGAGGCGCAACUAUGACAGUUCCCUUGUAAAGCUUCUUCUCUCUCAUGGGGCCAGAGAAGAUUGUCCCCCUCCCGCUGAAGACUGGAAGCCUCAGAGCUCACGCUGGGGGAAGGCCUUGGAACACCUCCGCAGAAUAUACCGUCCUAUGAUUGGCAAACUCAAGAUCUUUAUUGAUGAAGAAUAUAAGAUUGCUGACACUUCUGAAGGGGGCAUCUACCUUGGGUUCUAUGAAGGGCAAGAAGUAGCUGUGAAACGAUUCUAUGAAGGCAGCACACGUGGACAUCAGGAAGUCUCCUGUCUGCAGAGCUCCCGAGUAAACAGUGACUUGGUGACAUUCUACGGGAGUGAGAGCUACAAGGACUGUCUGUAUGUGUGUCUUGCCCUCUGUGAGCAGACCCUGGAGGAACACUUGGCCAAGCACAGUGGGCAGGCUGUGGAAAACGGGGAAGACGAGUUUGCCCGAAACACCCUCUUAUCUGUAUUUAAGGCUGUUGAAGAGCUACAUCUGCUGUGUGAAUACACUCACCAGGAUCUGUGCCCACAAAACAUCUUAAUAGAUUCCAAGAAUGCUGUUUGCCUGGCAGAUUUUAAUGAAAGCAUCAAGUGGACUGGAGAGCUGCAGGAAAUCAAGAGAGAUCUACAGGCCCUUGGACAGCUAGUCCUAUAUGUGGUAAGGAAGGGAGAGCUCCCUUUUGAGACACUGAAGACUAAAAGUAAUGAAGAGGUGAUUCAACUUUCUCCAGAUGAGGAAACUCGGGACCUCAUUCAUCAACUGUUUAACCCUGGAGACAAUGUGCAGGGGCACCUGAGUGGCCUGCUGGGUCAUCCCUUCUUUUGGAGUUGGCAGAACCGCUAUAGGACCCUUAGGGAUGUGGGAAAUGAAUCUGACAUUAAAAGGCCAUUGCUUACAAGCAAGAUUGUCCAACUACUACGACUUGAAAAAUCUGAAUGUUCCAGAAGUUUUGCCAAGUGGACUUCUAAGAUUGACAAGUAUGUUAUGGAAGAAAUGAAUAAGUUUUAUAGAUAUAAAAGGUACACCUAUAAGGACACUGUGCAUGAUCUGCUAAAGUUCAUCCGGAAUCUGGGAGAACAUAUUAAUGAAGAAAAAAAUAAGGAGAUGAGGUCGAGAAUUGGAGAACCUUUCCAGUAUUUGCAGAAGAAUUUUCCCGAUCUGGUCAUGUAUGUCUAUAAGAAACUACAGAACACAGAAUACAGAAAGCAUUUCCCAAAAACUCACAAUCCAAACAAGCAUUGGUGUGAUGAAGGUCAGCCCUCAGUGGUGGCUGAGGCUUUCGCUUUCAGGGAGGCACUUAUUUAGCUGUGUGAUCCUGGGCAUGUCACAACUCUCUGGGCCUCUUAACUAACCUGGUUGCUUGCAAGGGUGAGUUAGAUAGUGGAUGUGUCAGGUCCUGGCACAGUGCUCAGUAUUCCCCACAUGUUUAUAACCAAAAAAGUAUACACUCCAACUACCCUCCUUGUCCUUCUUACAGGUAAAGCUUAGUGGCAGGAGCUGGGUGGGGGGGGGCAUCUUGCUAAGAGUCCUCUUAUCAGUUGCAACGAAGGAGUGAGUGCUUAGACCUCUAAUGCUUGAUUAUCUCAUUUGGUUCUCCCAAUGGCCUUGCAAGCUAGGGUUUGUUAUCUCCACAUAAGAACUGGCAGACCUGGGGCACUUGGCUGGCUCAUUCGGUAAAGCAUGUGACUCUUGGUCUUGGGGUUGUGAGUUUGAGCCCCAUGGUGGGUGUGGAGAUUACUUAAAAUCUCUGAAAAAAAAAAAAAAAGAACAAGAACUGGUAGACUU